AUGUUCGAUCCGACAUUACUUUUCGGCAGUGGUGGCGUUUCUUUGGGUUUGGUGGCUCGCAGUUGGCUACAUGGUCGUUAUAAGGUCCAAUGCGAAGGUAAUCGCUUGGCAGGAGUUUUGCAGAAAACGCUGCAACAAGAAGAUGGAAAAUUCGAUUGGAAACGAUUUUGGUCUUAUCUGGAGCCACAUCUAUGGGAAUUCUUGGGUGCGAUCGCGGCUGCCCUUGUUGUUGCCUUCAUCAAUAUACGUAUACCGAAUUUGUUGGGCGAUUUGAUCAACAUAUUAGCCCGAUAUGCUAACACGUACGUCAAAGAUCCCCUGAACAAUUCAUUCUUUAAGGAUGUUGGCAAACCAGCUUCAAACCUAUUGAGUUUAUAUGUAAUGCAGUCUGGCUUUACGUUCCUAUAUAUCUACCUCUUGAGUCGCAUAGGAGAGCAAAUGGCGGCAAAGUUACGACAAGACCUUUUCCGACAGAUUAUGCUACAGGACAUUGAAUUCUUCGAUAAAAAUCGAACUGGAGAGCUAGUUAAUCGUCUUACAGCCGAUGUUCACGAUUUUAAGGCGUCGUUCAAGCAGUUCGUAUCACAAGGACUGCGAAGUGUCGCUCAACUCAUUGGUGGGGCAAUUUCAUUAUUCCUUAUUUCGCCACAUAUGGCUGCCAUUGCCUUGGCCGCUGUGCCGGGUGUAGUAACCUUUAUGACAUAUCUGGGCAAGAAAUUGCGGAGCUUGAGCAAAAACGCCCAAGCACAAAACGAACGAGCCACAUCUGUAUGCGAGGAGGCUUUAUCUAAUGUUCGCACGGUGCGUUCUAGUGCCUGCGAGUACCAAGAAAUGGCACUAUUCGAACACGAAACAAACGAGGCUGCACGUUUAUCUCAGGAAUUAGGAUAUGGUAUUGCAGUGUUUCAGGGCUUAACAAACUUCUUCCUCAAUGGUUUAGUUUUGUCUACACUCUUCUUGGGCGGUCAUUUAAUGUCGACGGAAAGCCUAACGCCUGGAUCCCUAAUGGCCUUCCUAGUGGCGGCACAGGGUGUGCAGCGUUCGCUGGCCCAAGGUUCUGUUUUGCUGGGUACCAUGAUAAGAGGAAUGACCGCUGGGUCCCGCGUAUUCGAGUACUUACAAAUCGAACCUAAAGUUGAUCUUUUAAGAGGCUAUGAAAUUCCAUCGGAAAGGUUGAGGGGUGAAAUACGUUUUGAAAACGUAUCAUUUGCCUAUCCUACGAGACCCGACCAUGUUGUGCUAAAAGAUUUUAGUUUAAUUUUAAGACCAGGCGAAACUGUCGCUUUGGUGGGUGCCAGUGGGUCCGGCAAAUCCACAAUUGCUGCUUUAGUCGAACGCUUUUAUGAACCGACUGCAGGUACUAUAAAAAUCGAUGGAUACAAGCUGGAAGACAUUCAGCCACACUGGCUGAGAGGUAAUGUCUUAGGUUUCAUAGAACAGCAACCUAUUUUGUUUGCCACUACUAUAUUUGAAAAUAUACGAUACGGGCGACCGGGGGCAAAAAAGGAUGAUGUGAUCGAAGCUGCCAAAUUGUCACAGUCCCACGACUUUGUAUCUGCUCUUCCGGAUGGUUAUGAGACAAAUGUUGGUGAGAGGGGUGCACAAUUGAGCGGUGGCCAAAGGCAGCGUAUAGCUAUUGCAAGAGCUCUAUUGAAAAAUCCACGAGUUCUUAUACUAGAUGAAGCAACCAGUGCAUUAGACGCAACCAGUGAGGCUGAAGUACAAAAGGCUCUUGAUACCGCUGUACUUAACAGAACCACAUUGGUAAUAGCUCAUCGGCUCUCUACAAUACGAAAUGCUGACUUGAUUGUUGUUUUAGACAAAGGACGUAUAGUGGAGUCGGGAAAACACAACGAACUCAUGGCCAAACGUGGCCUCUAUUAUGACUUAGUGCGACAGCAAGAAAAACAUGGCGCUAUCGAAGAUCCCACAGACUUCAAUUUACCUAACACUGCCGACUUCGAAUCAGCCGAUAGUAAUACUAGUAGUAACACUAAUAAUAGUACCAGCCAGCAACGUCCCAAUAUGGCGCAAGGUUAA